CUUUUGAUGACUUUGAAGAACAAAAAUCUCGAAAAUACUCACUUACAACUUCAAUUUUCAUCACUCAUUAGUCACAUAAAGUCUCCACAAUGCCAAAGACUUUCGAGAGGACUCGCAAGGCCAUUGCUAAAAAGAAGGGGGCUGUCGAUUCUCUUCACCAAUAUUCACGCGAUUCCAAGAGGCUGCAUAGGGCUCAAGUUCGUGACGGAAAACUGGAGAAAAUUGCUGCCUCAAGGAAGAAAAGCGACAAGCCUCAUCUUGAACGAGCUACCUUUUUCCAGGAGGCCGUGAGGCAAAAUGGAAGCCAACCUGUACAGAUGGAUGUUAUCCAUGAACUCAUCAAAACGUUUGUACACCAAUACGAUGAAGAGCUGAGCGAAGUAAAGAAGUCUCGGCGGCCUGGACGUCCUGCCAGUGCCAAGGAAGAUUUACUGAAAGUGAAGAUCGAUAAGCUUGAGAAGGAGUAUCAGAACGGCUUUUUAAUUCCGGUGCUUGACACAGAAGAAAAUGCUACGCUACUCAGCCGGUGGGAAGGUUCUUGGUCCUACCUAACCACUCUCAAAUGGGUGAGGAUAUCUUCCGCUGGGGGUGUUCAACCUUCCAGCUUUCCUCCGAGAGGAGAUCAUUGAGAAGAUAUCCCCCCACUUCCCACGUGCUUGAUAUCCUCAGCCCGAGGACGCACGUGUAACAAGUCCCUGUACCCUCGGUUGAUGUUUCUAUGUUCAUCGUAGAUCAGACGGGGCCUUACUUACGGACGUAGGAAGUUUCCGAGACCAGGCAGGGGAGUUGGCCUGGUUUUGCCGCUGGUUUACAAACACACGGUUACCUACAGCCCUGACACGCACCAACCUGCAAACUCCGCAGCCAGCCACACAUGCCGGCAGUAAUCCGGGAUUUUCUUUUUUGACGGAAAAUAAUGCAGUCAGGCUAGAUGACACCGGCUAGUUUCAAACCCGGUGCGCUUAUGUCAAGUCGGCAAUAACAAUGCAGCAUUGGUAUCAUCGGAAAGCCUCUUUACAACUCUGGACCAAGCGGAUCAUCCGCUUCGUCAGUCAUAGCACACCUUCAUAGUACACCUAACCUAGCUGAGCAUGAGUGUCACUACAGGUAUGAUAUCACGAUCGUUUGCAACGGAGAUAUGCGUUUGCAGCACCUGUUUUUAGACUAUUUUGUUGCACGUGUGAAGGAAGCGGGUAGCCGAAGGGCCGUGGGAUGCUGAUAGUUACUAUCA